AUGAUCAUUGGGUUGGCCAGCCAACAGUUUGGGGUGAUACACUCGGUGUUCACCAAUCUGCUUCUGUGGACCAAUGGCGUCCUGAAUGAAUCAAAGCACCAACUUAAUGAGCACAAGGAACGGCUCAUCACUCUGGGCUUUGGGAACAUCACAAUAGUCUUGGAUGACCACACGCCUCCGUGUAACUGCUCGCCCCCGACGUUCUGCUCUGCCAUCUCCCAGGGGAUCUACUACCUCUACCCCUUCAACAUAGAGUAUCAGAUCCUGGCUUCCACGAUGCUCUACGUCCUAUGGAAGAACAUCGGACGCAAAGUGGACAGUCAACAGCAUCAGAACAUACAGUUCCGAUUUCCCGGGGUCAUGGCGGGCUCGGUCCUGGGCCUGACCGUGCUGGCCGCCACGAUUGGGAUCGUGGUGGUAUAUCUGAUUCAGAUCGGGCGCUCCAAAACCAAGAGCGAGUUGGCACUCAUCAUGUUCUACCUGUAUGCCAUCGCCUUACUGAUGCUCAUGGGGGCCGCGGGGCUGUUUGGAAUCUGGAUUUACAGGAUAGACGAGAAAUCUCUAGAUGAGUCCAGAAACCCAGCCCGCAAACUGGACGCGGACCUCUUGGUGGGCACUGCCUCCGGCUCCUGGCUCAUCUCCUGGGGCUCCAUCUUGGCCAUCCUCUGUGCUGAAGCCCGCCCCCCCUACACCUGGUUCAACCUGCCCUACUCCAUCCUGGUGAUUGCCGAGAAAUACAUCCAGAACCUCUUCAUCAUCGAGUCCAUUCACCGGGAGCCGGAGAAGCUCUCCGAGGACAUCAGAACCCUGCGGGUAGUCACAGUCUGCAACGGUGAUGCCAUACCCCUCGCCUCGUCCUGCCUCAAGAGCGGAGCCGUGGCCACUGACGUGGCUUCCCUGGGCAGUGAGAUACCACAUGUGGCCAAUGGAAACAUGCAUCUGAGAGAAGGCUGUGGCAGAGAGGCGGAGGAGGGGAGCCGGGAAGGGACCCCGAGCCCAGCCUGCCGCCCCCGUUUCCUGCAGGGCCAUGCCAAGAGAAGAGUGUUGAGGAAUAUUGCAGCCUUUUUGUUCCUCUGCAAUAUCUCGCUUUGGAUCCCUCCCGCCUUUGGCUGCCGCCCCGAGUACGACAACGGAUUAGAGGAGAUUGUCUUUGGCUUUGAACCCUGGAUAAUUGUGGUCAACCUGGCCAUGCCUUUUUCUAUUUUCUACCGAAUGCACGCAGCUGCCUCUCUCUUUGAGGUCUAUUGUAAGAUAUAGUCUGUGUCCACAUCAAAGCCCGAGGAGUGACCUAACGAGAAUUCACUGGAGCCACCUGGGAAUGGCCAGGUUGGGCAGACAUUGCCGGACAAAAGCAAGAGGGCUGCCUUUGUCCGCACCAGUUGUGUUUGCUGUGAGCUGGAAUUGUCUGUCACCCCAGAUGAAUGUAAACAAGUUAGCUCAGCAUCAACGAGGCGGCUGAAAUCUGGCCUUGGCUAGUUCAUUCUGAUCGAACCCAAAUUAUUUUACCUCCUUUUAAAUGAGACCCUUUGUUUUAAAAGAAUGGGAUUCCAGGUUGGGGAAAGAAAAAUGAUCAGUUUGUUUUUCAUAAAAAUUGUUUUCUGUUAUCAUGUGACUACCUACAACUUUCUCUGCUCAUCUGAGUAGUAUAAUCAUCCUUACAUCUGAUCCUUCCCAGGGCUGAUCAAUGUAGAUACAAUCACGUUUAGUUCAUAUUGUACUUUCUGAAUAUGGUUAAGUUUUGGAACAAAGUUAUCUUUAUCAUCUGGAUGGGAAUUAGUGUAUAGAUCAGUAUGGAGAUGUAUUUCUUACCUGGAAUUUUGGCACAUUUUUGUUUGUGAUCAUUUGAGGUUUUUUAAAAAAUAAAUUUUACUGUUUUCUCUCUCACUGUAAAUACAUAUAUGCUUAUUACAGAAAAUAUGGACAUUUUAGAAGAAUGGAGAGGAAAAAACCACCUCGGAUGUCACUGUUCAAUGGACACUUUUCCACACCUUGUUGUAUUUCUCUUAGCUGUGUUCCUGCACAAGAUUCUUUUCGUUGUUGUCAUCAUUGUUACACUUGUCAGUGAUGAUGUGACAGGUUCAAUUUUGUAUCUACUCUUUCACCACUUAACAAUAGAGCAUAAACCUUUCCUUCACAUUGUUCCAAACUCUUUGUAAAUAUCAUUUUAAUCCCGUAUUAUAGUCCAUCCAGUGGACGUGCCAUACUUAGUUUCCUAUUGUUGGUUUUGGAGUGUUUAUACUUUUUUGGUUUUUAUAAGGGACUCUGCAAAAAAUCAACUAUCUUUGUAAAGCAUUUCCUAUAUAAUUGCUUCUAUAAGACAUAUACUUAAAAUCAGGAUGCCUAUUCCAAAGGUUAUAAAUAUUUUAAAGCCUCUUAAGGAAUAGUGAUAUUGGGAAGGCCUUUGUAUGUACUUUGCCGUAAUUAUUUGAAGUUCAUAAUAAAAUUA